CGUCGCUUCUUCCCUCUACCUGACGAUCAGGCUUUACAUCAUAGGAGCAGUGUCUGCACGCUUCCAAUGAACGGUAAGCCAUUUUAUCCUACGUAGGCCACGCUGACGAUCCGGCAGUUACUCCUUUGCCAGCCCCUUCAUUAUGACACUCCUAAUAUCGCCACUUGUCCUACUCUUCGAUACCACUCUCACCAGCCCAUCAAUUCUCCCUUCUAUCACCGCCAUGGUGUCGCAUGCUGUCUUGCACGGGGGCCUCAGGCAAUCGAACGGCCCUCGGAAGGUGCUCGAGAAUGCCCUGUUUAAUCUCAUAUUUUCCGUUUCGCGGGCAGGCCAGAUUUCGCAACACGACCUUGACAGAUUCCUCGCCGCGUGGACCAUGGUUCUGCCAUGUAUCCGCGUCAUUGGCGCAGACCCCAGGGACGUCGGGACUGAAUCCGCUCCACCCUUCUCAGAGCAAGUCUCGGGUCUGCAUCCCUCCACAGCUCAAUCCCCCGCAGCUGCCGAAACCUCAGGCUUUGCCCCAACCCCGACAGUUGCCCACUCCCCCAUCACCACACCAUCGACCAUUUUCCCUCAGUCGGCCCCCAACGCUCCGGAUGAUAGGGAUGAAGAGUUUACUCUUGGUCCAAAGGGGCCCCAACAAAACUCGCCCUUCACCCAGGUGCCCUCAUCCGCUGGUCAGAAACGCGGUCGUGGAGGGCGAUACGACAGUCAACUGGGGAAAUGCCCGAGGAAACGGGUUACAUCGGGAGCUGGACACAUCCAAGAAGGAACGGUAGCCUCUAUAUCUAUAUAUUCUUUAGACACCUGCAAGACGUGGCCCCACGUCACUAGUGUAGACAAAACGCUGGACGUCCCAGAGCUCAAUCCAGAUGCGAGGCCAAAGCUCCUCCAUUCCGUAGACUUGCCUGUCAUCUUUGUCGAUGAAGGGCGAACUUCCCGGAUGGAGACCUUCUUCUUUCCGUAUUGCGAACAUUCUCCCUCCCUACAGAAGUUGAGGCACUUCUUGGAAUCGCCCCAGCAUGAUUCCAAGUAUUGGAAGCCCGUUUUGAUGACAACACAGCAAGCGUUAGCGAUGGACGUACAGCGGUUCCAGGGUAUGGUCAACGACGGUACCCCGAUCGUCUUGGUGGACCAACUAGGGCAGGUCCCGUUUCUCGCACAUAGCUUCAUUAAUUUUCAGUCCAAGGUUCAGUGUAUCGGCAAGUUUCGUCUCUCACUCUCCCACCCCCGCCCACCGACCUAUUUUUAGAUUCUGACCAUAUUCCAUCGACCGAUCACCCCCGGAUCCUACAAAUGACCGCGGGUGCUUUGAACGAGAUAUAUGAUUGGCAACGAUCCAGGCCAUUGAUCCUUACCCAGCCCACCACUGGUUGCUGGCAGCCGUUAGAGAAGUAGGUUUGUUUGUUUUCUCAACCACGUGUCUCACAUCAUUACAGGCUCCUCAAUA